AUGCGCUGGGAAUUCAAAAGUAACAAUCCAUAUGAAAAUCGUCGAGCUGAAGGCGAACGAAUUCGUCGAGAAUAUCCGGAUCGUUGUGCAGUUAUUGUUCAACGAGCACAAAAUUCACGCGUCGGAGAUCUUCCAUCAAAGAAAUAUUUAGUACCGAAUGAUCUAACGGUCGGUCAAUUCUACUUUUUAAUCCGAAAACGAAUUCAACUUCGACCUGAAGACGCGCUUUUCUUUUUCGUCAACAAUACGAUUCCAAGUACAUCGAUGACGAUGGGCGCUCUUUAUCAAGAACAUGCUGAUGAAGAUAAGUUUCUAUAUGUCGCUUAUAGUGACGAAUCAACAUAUGGUUAA